UGAAAAUUCUUCUUCCUUAAUGGAUCAACAGUGAGAUUUGGGUAUAACUCAGGUUGCAUGGUGACUUUUUUGGUUCCUGGAAUUGCUGAAGCGGAGUGCUAAGAAAGACUUGCCGAAAGAUGUCAGUUCAAUCUGCUGAAACAUCCACCGGACUAUAAACAUGGCCCUCAGAGGCUUGGGAAUAAAGCUAUGUGGUGCCUGACAGUUUCUUGGGCUCUUUGGGUAUAAAGCUUGGAAAGGAUGAGGGUCCCUGGGCUCCCAGGGCACAGCAGUGACUGAGACACAGCCUUGAAGCUUUAGCCAGGCUGAGCUCCGAUGGCAAACCACGAAUCUCCAAGUCCUGUGGCAGCAUGCAGGGUCACGCCGUAGCUGGUGCUGCGCACUGCUGCGUAACAAGGAUGGGACCUGUCCCGAAGUCACGAGCUGUGGGUUGUGUCUGAAGUACGGAGACCAUGGGGAAGAGCAUCCUCUGGUAAGUCCCAGCUCAGUGCCUGCACAGGACAGACUUGCUUUCUGGCACUGUGAGAGGGAAACCUUGACAUGUGGCCUGAAAGGGAGCUGUGCUCCUGCCAAACCCCACGCUCAGACAUAAGCAAGCACUUCUAUCUACAGGCUUCUGGCAGCUUAAGAUAAGGCGUCUUGUAUUGGGAACCAUAAACAAGGAAAAAGUCACUCUCUUCUGUUAAUACUGAGGAUAUUUAUUGAGUAUUCAGAGCCUUCGUUACUGGGAGAAGCUUUGUAUUCCAUUUUCUCCGACAAUUUUGCUUGCACUACUCUUUCCAGUCCAGCCAGGAAGACCCAAGUCAGCCGCGGCCGAGAGUUGCUGUUCUGCCCUAACGCCCCCCUGUCCGGCAGCUGCUGGAGGGGGCUCGGGGGGCUCCCCUCGCCCGCCCCGCAGGGCUGGGGGCUGCAGGGGGCGCGUACAGGUGCCACAGCUGCUGGAGGGGGAGGAAAUGCCCCUGCCUGGGGCAGCCGGCUGUUAAUUAGCGCCAAUUAACCUAAGAGCCGCACCGGCGGCGGGGGCAGCGGUACUCCCGCCCCCUCCUCCCGCUGGCCCCGGAGCUCAGCCUGGGCCGCUCCGCGGAGGUUGCGCCUCCGCGGGCAGCGCUUCCGCCGGCACAAAGCGCCGAGCGAUGGCUCCCGCUGCCGCCGGCCGCAGAUGGGCGCUGGGCGCCCGCUGAGGAGCCGCUCCUGGCCCGACGGGCUGCUUCCCCCCGCGGCCCCGCUCCCGGCGUGGGGGCCCCGGCGCGUUCGCGGCGGCCGCAGGUCUGCGCGGAGGACGGGGGCGACCCGCGGUGGGGCCGUUUUGCAGCGCCCUAAAGCAGAGCGGCCCCGUCUCUCUUCCAGACCUUUGUCUGGAUGGGAAGAAAAAGGAUGGAGGAGCAGUGGUGGAAAGGGGAGCUGGCGGCAGACAUCCAUCAGACCUUGAGGACGAAGGAACUUAAGUUGCCUACGUAUAAGGCUCAUUCACCACAGAUUGGGAUGCGCCGAUACUUCAUUGAUCUCUUGACUGUCCUCAGCAACCGUUUCAAUCUCUGCCCUACGGCCCGGCAUCUCGCAAUCUAUUUAUUGGACCUCUUUAUGGAUCGCUAUGAUAUCACUGUCAAGCAGCUGCACGUCAUUUCAUUUGCCUGUCUUCUCCUAGCAAGUAAAUUUGAAGAAAAAGAAGAUAAAGUUCCAAAGUUGGAGCACUUAAAUAACCUGGCAUACAUGUGCAAUGUGAAUGUGGUAUUGAACAAAAAAGAAUUGCUUAGAAUGGAAAUGCUGCUUUUGGAAAACUUCAACUGGAACCUCUGCCUACCAACACCAGCACACUACAUUGACUACUACCUCUAUGCGUCCACUGGCGAGAAUGACCUUCACAACGGCUGGCCGAUCACCUCACUGACCAAAAUCAAAGCCUUUCUGGAGAAAUAUGCAUAUUAUUUCCUUGAUUUCUCAGUGCAAGAUCACACUUUCCUCCAUUUUCGGCCAUCUCUGAUUGCUGCAGCUUGUGUGUGCGCGUCACGUAUCUGUAUGCAGAUUUCUCCUGCCUGGACAGCACAGCUUGAAUUGCUAACAUGUUACUCCUGGGAACAUCUUGCCCAGUGCAUUGAAAUGAUGCUCAUAUAUUAUGACAAUGAUAUCAAAGAAGCCAGUAACAUAAAAAAGCAAGUAUCAAUUCAACAUGGAGAAGAGGAAGCAGCGGGAAAUCUGAGCCAUCAAGCCACUACUCAAGUUCUCUUCCAGCAAUCUAGUUAUCAUCCGUUAGCCCAGCAUUCAGCUACGCUUUCCCAGUUCCAGUCACCAGUGCAAGAUUUGUGCUCUGCUUAUCGUGACUCCUUGCAGGCACACAGGCCCAGCGGUCUGCUUGCUGGGAGUGCUGACUCCCACGCUGCUCUUCAGGCCAGCCUUCGGCCGUCUGCCCAGGUUCUACCCAUCCAAACGCCCAUUGCUGUGCAGGUGGCCUUAGGAACAGAGCCCAGACACUGCAUUUCCACAGCUUAUGGCAGUAGUUACUUCAGUGGUCAUCACUCAUAUGCAGCUGGUUGUUUUGACAGAUAAAUACCGACGAUGGAAAAAGGUGUUAUGAGUAGAAGGUGAAGAAGAAACUGUGUGUGAUACAAGAUGUGUAUCUGAAUGAAAAUCACGAAGGAACAGAAUCCUUCUGACUCGCUCAUUCAGAGGACGUUGAUUGGAUCCACUGAUCACUGAAACCUGGGUGCCUUUCUGCCAAGGGUUGUACCUCUGGCUCUUAGUGAGAGAGACAAAUAGAAAUUCAUUAAUAUACCUCACUCAGUGUUGCUUUGAGAGGCAUCUGUGUAGAGACUCUGUGGAGAUUACUUCCUUCUAGUCUUCAGUUAGUGACUGUCAGAGUUGGCUGAAAGCUCGUGUUGAAGAGUUAUGCCGGGCUGGAGGGUUUGUUGAAUUUCUGGCCAAGUAGCAAUGUACCUAGAGGAUGUCAUUGGAAAACAUGGAGUGCUCUCCUCUCUCAGUGAUGCAUUGCUUGAACAGUGGCAGCUCAUACUACUGGAAGCUUCUACUAAAAAGUACUGAAAUCGGUAUCAGUUAAAUGUGAACUUCGUUUAUGCAAAAACCUAUGUGUAGAAGCCUUUCUGUUUUCUUUGAGCAGGAGUGAUAGUUUAGGAGUAAGGCUUUAAAAUAAAAGGAAAAAAGAAAAAUGGGCCAGAAGACUAUCAAAUCAUUUUUGACUUUAAAUUCUCUUGGAAUCUAAAUGUGGUGCGCUGAACAGAACAUCAUUCUGGCUCCAAGUAUUUUAGAAACAAAAGUGAAACUUUAAAUCAACUCUUAGAUCUUUAACAUGCUGCUGCUUUUGAGACUGAAGAUUAUUAGUAAAAUAGUUCAUGAGGUUUAUCAGGGAUUUAAUGUUACUUGAAGAAAUGCUCUUGAAAGGUUCACUCCCAUCAGUUAGUUCAUCUUCUGGGCUCAAUGACUUCUGGCAGUAGGUCAGGACAGAUGAACCAGUGUUAAUGGGGGCAAAGAUAGGGAAUUGGUUGACUUUACUGUGAAAUUAGGGUUUGAUUGCAGUGCUAGGCAAUGCUGAAUGUUUUUGAAUACUGUCUUAGCAUUGCCUUAGAAAAUGUAGCUGGUAAAUGGCAGAUGCUGUUGCUUCUUUGCAAUGAGACACGCCCCUACUGUCACAUAUCCAAAGGUUUCUUUCUCAACUGAAACCAGGGAUGAUUGUUCAAAAAACUGUACAGACUUUUUUUUAUGUUACAGUAGAUACUUACAAGAAAUAGACUCCUGCAAAGGUGAAACUUUAGUUUUGAUAUAUGCAACCACUAUUGUAAAUGUGUUUGAAGGCAGUACUCUUGGUUUGUCUUUUCUCUGAAGGUUCUCAGGAUAGCAAUACAAGUGAAGUGCAAUAUGCUUUUACUGACUUGGGGCAAUUUUUCCAAGUCACGUGUCACACUGCUGUUUUAAAUUAUAUUUUUAGAGAAUUCUUUUUAAGGGUGUUUUAGCGUGGAGGGGAAAAAUUAGCCUGCAUGCUAAUGCGUGUCUGUAUAACUGUCUUUCAAGAAUGCAACUUUUGGUAUCAAGUUAAUAAUUUCUUCCAUCCAGCAGGCUAGAGGAAUCUUCUUGGGUUUGGGUGUUUUGGUUGUUUGUUUGUUUUUUUUUUAAAAUGCAAACUGUAAAUGAAGAGGCAGUACUCUUCAGAUAUUAGUCUAGAUGUUUAGAGAAUUUAGUUAAUCUUUUAUUCUUUUGGCUUUGUAUUUAUAUUAAACUUUAU